AUGAAGUGCUUGGAAUGGCUGCCGUGUCGGGGCGGCCCCGAGCCCCCCCUCCCCGUGGACCCUGACAACUGGAACCUGAAGCGCUUCGGGAGUCGAGGCUACGGCGUGAAUCCCUGUCCGAGGUCCAAGCUCGCCGUGACCCAUCAGGUCGCUCUCCUUCAUUGCACGAGCAAUAGAAAACUCUUCCCUCAUUCCUGCCUCGGGAUUCGACUGAGCCUGUCGUCGGAGUGGGUGGAUUCGAACAUGACGUUCUCGGAGAUGAUGGAGAAAAAGGUGGUGAUGGGGCCCUCGCCUCCCUCCAAAGACGAUCUCAAAGCCAGUCUUCCGGAACUGGAUUUCAUCUCCUCUAAGGUGCGCGACCGGUCCCGCGGGACGGCGGUCCGCAUCGGGCCCCUGUUCCCGCGGGGCUGCGGUCCGCGCGGGGCCACUGUUCCCGCGGGGCUGCGGUCCACAGGGAGACCUCGUUCCCGCGGGGCUGCGGAGCUUCAAUUCCUGGACCACAGCCCCCAAAAGGUGAAGAGCAGUGUGAGUCGCAGCGGGUCAUACAGUCGCAGACGCCCCCCAUCGCGUGCCUCCCGCCUCUCCUCACUUUCGAACGGAUUCGAGCAAGCAGGAUCGGGGAAGCAAGGAGCAUCCUCGUCUAAUGGAGGAGAUUUCCUGACAACCUACAAGUGGCAGGUUCUGAACGAUUUCCGGAACUGUGUCCGAGAGUUCCAGGAAGAGACGAUCCAGAUCGGUCGAGCCCGACUGGACGAGAUCCAUAACCAGGGACCGGCCUUACCUUCCGCCAAAAAGGCUCUGCCCUUAACCUUCAACCAAGAAAAAAUUUUCAACCAGGGGAAAACCUUCAACCAAGAGAAAACCGUCAACCAAGAGAAGACAUUCAACCAGGAGAAAAUCGAACCGGCUUCAGAAAGCUCGGAAUCGUCGACGAGUGACAGCACGAGUGACAGCUCGAGCAGUGAAACGCUGAGUACGGUGAGAAGCGUGGGAGCCUCCUCGACGUCAUCCAAACCCGCCUUGGACGAGGAGAUUUCCGUCCAGGGAAGUGAAUGGACGAAAGAAGACAGGGACGCAGAGGACCUGUCGUCUGUUUCGGGCAAGUUUUCUUCCUACUUGUCCUCGUCGAUCCCAGACGACCGUUUCUCGACGGCGAGCAGCAGCUCAUCUUGGCUCAGUGAAAUCAUGCAUCGAAGCACCCCGUUGGGCGAACGCAUCCGACGGAAUUCUCUUAAAGACCUCACCGACGUGGACGGAUUCGGAGCGCGGAACAACCACGACGGGAUCGCGGGUCGGUAUCAUAGCCCGAGUUCCUUCAACGUCCGCCGGACGAUCGAGAAGCGUCAGAUGAAUCAAAGAAGCAGUUCGGAAACCAGAGGAGAAACGGUGAGGAUCCAAAUCGGCGGAAGCUUGGAAAAGAGCAAAAGCCUCAGCUCCCUGGAACAGGAGUCCGGGAAAGAGGAUAUGGAAACCUCAUCGGUCCUCAGCAAAUCUGCAUCGAGCCCCACACUAGAACGAGAGAAGACUCACGUCCGAGAUUACCUCUUCGGCACGUGCAUCGCAAAUCAGCUUGAUUACGAACUUCAAGAAGGAAGUUCCCAGGGUAUGCAGGAAGGGACUUCUUCCCGAGGUUCCCUGACUGGUUCCUUCAACAGGGGAGAGGGACGACGAAAGACGUACGCCUUCGAACAGGCCAUGAGCACCCACAUUCAGGCCUCCAUCGACUAUCUCCGUCGACGCUCGUCACCAGGCCCCAUCUGCGACACCAAGGUCAAAGGUGAAGACGAUACGAAACCACCAUGGGUGAACGAGGUCAAACUUCGUCCCACUCCAGAGAGGGAGAGGCUCCUCGUCGAAGACAGGCCCUGUAAGACCUUACAGGACGACGAGGACCAGAGAACGGUCAUCAAGAUCCGGCCAUACAUCAGCAAGUCUUCGGGAGAACUUGCCAGCCGAAGCCAAGACCAAGUUCUAAAUCCUUUGAUUAGGGCCGAGCCGAACUGGAUGAGAUUGGCCAGGGAGCGUCGAAGUCUCCGGGAGAAGAACAUGAAACGAGAUGAAGGGCCUCCGUUCUUAUCCAAAGUCACUCUCGAACAAGGUCAAGCUCAUCCGCAGCCCCAGAAUGAACCCAAGGAGACGAAGAUCUGGGUCUCGGACUCCAGUCCCGUUCCUCAACGAAGGCAAGCCGUAAGUCGAGUGUCGAUCGGGAGCCCUUCGAGCGAAAGUCAAAGCGAAAGCCCAGGUCCUGGUCCAGGUCCAGGUCCAGGUCCGGGUCCGGGUCCGGGUCCGGGUCCGGGUCCGGGUCCGGGUCCGGGUCCGGGUCCUGGUCAAGGACAGGUCCCAGGAAUAUCCAAGUCCGAGGAACGGAUGUGCGAGGAUAAGCCGGCCUUUCUUCGAAUCAAACUUCGACCCGUUCAGAAUCAGAAUCGGAAGUCGAUGGACUUCCGUGAGUACAAUUUCCGGAAGCCGAGUUUCGUGGAAAUGCCUCUGAUGAACGGGGAUGCAGAAGGAGACGUGAAUGUGAUGAUGCAAAAACCCGCCCUGAAGAGCAUCCUAAAGAGGCGAAGCGUGGACAACGUCCUCCAGGACCCUCCGUCCCCGACGUCCACGUUGACCUCCGACCUCGCGCCGAUCCCGACCUGGGUGGAGGCAGCCGAGAAGAAGAAAGCCCGAGCCGAGUCGGUCAACUGGGCCCAGGUGGAGUCCCAGCAGUCUCAGCAGAAACCCGCAGAGGAGAAGAGAGUUUCCUGGCUCGAGGAGGUGAAGGUCACCCUCCGGAAGACCCCCGAUGUGUCCCCCGACAAGGACACGAGGCCGAAACCUUAUCUGUUCGGCGAGACGCCGGAAACCCUCACUUUCUCCACGCCUUCCAAUGCCGAUGACUCGAAGAGAGACAAAGAGCAGCCCCCAUCCGUCCCGGAACAAGAGAAGGGAACUUCGGAUUCCCGAAUCAAGGACUUCCAGGAGGAGAAACGAAUCGAAAUCGUUGAGAAGGAAACCCCGACCGCGGAUCCAGGAGAGGUCGGGUCUCCGUCGUCCCCCCCAGGUGCUGUCUUCCCUAACGUCCUAUCCGUGUUGCAACACAUUUCCUCGUUGAAGUGCCAGAACCCUCCACCGUUCCCCUCCCCCUCGGUCCCAGCUUCAGGCGACCGAGUGACAGAGGACGAACCCGCCCCUCCCACGGUGCCCCGCGACCGCGAGGAUCCCCCCGAGCCCAAGUUCCACCCGCCGCCCUCCUCCCUCAAGCUGGGACCCGUGGAACCCCCGUCCGCGUUGACUUCGCCGAGUCUCGUUUCCCAGAAGAACCUCAAGGUCUUCGAGGAGCCUCUCGAAUCUUCCAAAGGGAAGGAAGAGGAAGGAGAAGCAGUAGAAGACGAAAAAGAGAAGAUGACGGAAUCGCCGAAGCCUCCAUUGAGGUCGAGGAGUCCCACGAGGCCCAUCCGCCUCUCCGAGCUGCUGCGUGGGGGCACGGACGCCCGCACGCCGCCGCAGCCCCUGCCCCGCAGGAGGUCCCGGGAGAGGAAGCUUGCAGCCGAGGAGGAGGGAGCGAGGGGCGCGACCAGGUCUUCGCCGGGGAGGCCCCCCAGGGAGCACGAAUGCAUCCCCGAGAGGCCUCAGCGGAAUCUCAGCAACAGGGAUUCCGGUGGAAUCAAGGAGAAGUACGUGAGCGUGAGUCGGAGGUCCGUGUCCAUGAGUCCUUCUCGUCUCUGGUUCCGAUCCAACAAGGACAAGGACAAGGAAUCACCGUCCUUGGUCCGACGGGUUCUUCAGCAUCAACAGCAAAAGGAACCGCAGCAGCAGCCUUCCCCAAGUCCUAUCCGGGACAAGACGAAGAAGGAACGGGAGAUGGCGUCGAAGAGAAAGGAAGAAGACUUACGCCAGAGACAGAAGUCUGACAAAGAAAAAGACAAGGACAGGGAAAAGGACAGAGACAGGGACCGCGACAGAGACAAGGACAAAUACAAGGCCAAGGCCAAGGAUCAGCCUGGAAGGCACAUUUCCCCCAGAACCACUUCUUACAGCAAUCACCUUCGUCGUGACUACUCCCAUAAGGAUGCUUCGUGGAAUCCUUCUCAAAAGUCUUCCUCAUCCACGUCUGACAUGAGAUCCCAUAAAGACAAAGGAAGAGCAAGAUCCUCCUUGAAUGCCACCCAAGAAAAGGAUCCGAAAAGAAGUAUCCCUGCUAGGAAUGCCCCAUCCAAAUACCAUGCUCUUGCCCAUAAAGAAGAGCAUGGGAAAGGGUCAGUGCGAGAGAAGGAGAGGGAGGAGAAGGAGCCCGUGGUUCGGAAGUGUAGCCUGGAGAGAAUCUUGAAUCCCAGAAAGGAGAUCGAGAUCAUCGACAAGAGCGGCUCGACGCAGACGGACCAAAAGACGUCGUUGGACAAAGUCCUCAAGGACAAAAGCCUCAGCAAUGGACACGGACACGGCCACGGCCACGAGGGACCGUUGAAGCUUCAUCACCUGGACGACAUCCCCCGGAAGGACGACACCCUCAAGAUGGACUUCCCCUCCAGAGUCAAUCAGAAGAAACUCUUCGGCAACGGCUUCUUGGUGCACAAGGAGUCUCCAGACGGAGUCAAGGACAAGGACACCGACAAGAACCUCGACGUCCAGAUCCGACCCAAGUCCAUGAACGGCCUGCACAACGGCACCACCCACCACACCAAGCAGAACGGAUCGACGGAAGAUCCUAAGAGAGCACUCAACGGCAGAUCCGAAGACGAAGAUCCCCGGAUCGAAGAGAAAAAGAGCCACCGGGAAGAAAUAUCCUCCUCGAACGGGAUCCUCGUCUCGAUGGACGAAGACAACAACCUCCUGGUAGAGAUCCAGAACUCCUCUCCCUACUCCAGUUACUCCUCCUCGUCGUCCUCCUCCUUGGAUGGAGUGAGCAAGAAGAAUGCCAAGAACCUCCAGUUGACCCAAAACGGUCAUCAUGAGAAUGGAGAAGUUCGAAAUGGAGUUUCAUCCGAGCUCCAAAUUCAACCCUAUCAUCGUGGACCUCACUCCUUCCUGGAGACGACGCCCAACGGAACCGGGCCAGAAGGGCACUUGGAGACGGCAGAAGGCGGAGAAAACGGCUUCGUCACGACCAGAAUCUCCACGGGGCCCGACGGCCGAUUGUCCAUCUUGACGGAAGGGGUCAAGAACAAGAAGAUUGCCUCUCGGGAGGUCCUCAGAGUCACGCUCCUUUUUGGGCUACUGGGCUUGGCUUUGCCCAGUUCUCCUGCUCCCCCCGUGGCUAUUUCCCCGUAUCAUGCUGCCUUGCCAUCGCAGUCACGCUCCGUUCGAAACAGCCUUGCACUCGAUGUGGAUCGCUCCUGCAGAUGGUCCGUGGAGCGGGGUGAGGGAGAUGCAGGGAUGCCGGGACCAGAGGCUGGUGGUGGAGGAGUCCAGUUCGGGCGGUGGCUCGACCAGGGUUGCCAGGGUCGUGAAGCAGUCUUCUCACACCACCACGGUCACGUCUGUAGCCUUUCCAGUCGCGUCCCGCCCUUCCUCCUUUUAUGGCGUCUUCUCAAGUGCAUGCUUCCCUUGCAGGACGAUCAAGAAAUAUUCAAGACGGUGAUACGAGUCUCCAUAGCAGCGACUAACCUCUAA